CUUAUUGAAUACAACUUCCAUAUCAUCAAAGAUGGUUUGCAAAAAAUGUUGGAACUGAAUCAAAGGCACGAGAAAGACGAUCUGGUCGUGUUUGACCCCGAGAAUACGACACAUCCUAUUGCCCCAGAUCAUCCUUCGGACGGGCCACGUGCAGACGCGUCUGAACGCAGUGUGACUGGCGGUGUAGCUGCUGCUGUUGUUGCGGAUGAUGAGGAUGAAGAUGAAUAG